AUGGCAAACGGAUGGAGCUUGCUUGUUGGCCUCAUAAUCAUUGUCGCACUUUCAACUGCGGCAUGGUUCCUGAGCCCCAAGGGUGAGAAUCAAACGCUGUUCCGCAGUACCAUGAUCCUUGCUAUCGUCUCCUGUUACUUGAUGUGGGCCAUCGUCUUCCUCUCACAAUUACACCCCCUCAUCGCGCCAAAGCGUUCAGACAUCCGACCUGAUCGCGUGCCUCAAUAG